AUGACCCCUGGAGAACUAGCCCUUGCCAGUGGCAACCAUACCCCAGUUACCCAGUUCAUCCUGUUGGGAUUCUCCAAUUAUUCAGACCUCCAGGAGCUUCUGUUUGGAGUCUUCCUGCUCAUCUACACCAUGACAGUGCUGGGAAAUCUGGGAAUGAUGGUGCUCAUCUUCAAAGACUCCCGUCUCCACAGCCCCAUGUACUUUUUCCUCAGCGUCCUCUCCUUUCUUGACAUCUGCUACUCCUCGGUGGUCACACCCAAGCUCUUAGUCAACUUUCUAGCCUCCGACAAGUCCAUCUCCUUCGAGGGCUGUGUGGCCCAGCUGACCUUCUUUGUGGUGCAUGUGACAACUGAGAGCUUCCUCUUGGCCUCCAUGGCGUUGGACCGCUUUGUCGCCAUUUGUAGGCCACUCCACUAUGGCUCACUCAUGACCAGGGGCACCUGUCUCCAGCUGGUGGCUGCUUCUUACGCCUUUGGUGGUGCCAACUCUGCUAUCCAGACUGGCAAUGUCUUUGCUCUACCUUUCUGUGGUCCCAACCAGGUGACACACUAUUUCUGUGAUAUUCCUCCCCUUCUCCACCUGGCUUGUGCCAACACAGCCACAGCAGAAGUGGUCCUCUUUGUUUUCUCAGCUCUGGUCACCCUUCUGCCAGCUGUCAUCAUUCUCACCUCCUACAGCUUUGUCUUGGUAGCCAUUGGGAGGAUGCGGUCAGCAGCGGGGCGGGAGAAAGCUUUGUCCACCUGUGCCUCUCACUUUCUGGCCAUUGCUAUUUUUUAUGGCACUGUAGUUUUCACCUAUGUCCAGCCACACGGGUCCACUGAUGAGACUAAUGGCCAAGUGGUGUCUGUCUUCUACACCAUCAUCAUUCCCAUGCUCAACCCCUUUAUUUACAGCCUUCGCAACAAAGAAGUAAAGGAUGCCCUGCAGAGGAAGCUCCGUGGAAGCAUCUUUCCCUGCUGA